UCUUUUAUGUGUUUGUGGCUUGAUGUAAUUUUAAAUCGUAAUACUAAUAAAUAAAAGAGCCCCUGAGUAGUUUUUUCUGAAAAACUUAUUUCAAUUCUAACUGCAUCAUAAAUUAGAUACUUCAUAUAUUUAUAAUGGGUUCCGAACCAGAACAAGACAGCGCUGCAAGAGAAGAAUCAAAAAAUGAGAACGUAAAGAAGUCCAAGGAGUCCAAAUCAAAAAGAAGACACAGCAGGUCCAGAUCUAGAUCGUCAGACAGGGAACGCCGUCGCGAGAAACGUAGAAAACGCAGAAGUUCCCGGGAAUAUGAGAUAUUGCCUAGAUAUUAUGGUGAUAAAGGUGAAAGGAAAAAGGAAAAUAGUGAUAGAUACUGGACAAAAUACCCCAGAAAAGAAGAUAACGUGGUUGGUAAGCGUUAUUACGAUGAUACAGAAGAAAAGGAAUUUAAAAAAGAUAAAAAUUCUGAGGAUGAUGUGGAUAAGUCUGUCAUUAAACCACGAGAAAGAAAAACUGUUGACUUGUUAACCUCAAAGACUGGAGGAGCAUAUAUUCCCCCUGCUAAGCUACGAAUGAUGCAAGCAGAGAUAACAGACAAAUCUUCAGCAGCCUUUCAAAGAAUUGCUUGGGAAGCUUUAAAGAAAUCCAUACAUGGUUACAUCAAUAAGGUGAAUACCGCAAACAUAGGUAUUAUAUCGAGGGAACUCUUACAUGAAAACAUUAUAAGAGGCAGGGGAUUGCUAUGCAAGUCAAUAAUUCAAGCUCAAGCAGCCUCUCCAACUUUUACAAAUGUUUAUGCUGCAUUAGUGGCAGUCAUCAAUUCAAAGUUUCCCAAUAUUGGGGAACUAUUACUUAAAAGGCUUGUACUACAAUUUAAGAGAGGAUUUAAGCAAAAUAAUAAGGUCAUUUGCAUAUCAGGUGCAACAUUUAUUGCACAUUUGGUUAACCAGUCAGUUGCACAUGAAAUUUUGGCAUUGGAAAUACUGACUUUACUGAUUGAAAGUCCAACAGAUGAUUCUGUAGAAGUUUCCAUUGCUUUUUUAAAAGAAUGUGGACAGAAGCUUUCAGAAGUAUCAAGCAGAGGUAUAAACGCAAUUUUUGAAAUGUUACGAAAUAUCCUUCAUGAAGGAAAGUUAGAAAAACGUAUCCAAUACAUGAUAGAAGUCAUGUUUCAAAUUAGAAAGGAUGGUUUUAAAGACCAUGCUGCUAUUAUUGAAGAAUUGGACAUUGUUGAUGAAGAUGAGCAGUUUACUCAUUUGAUCAAACUAGAUGAUGUAAAACAAGCUGAUGCAGAUGAAAUUUUAAAUGUGUUUAAAUUUGAUGAAGAAUAUGAACUAAAUGAAGGCAAAUACAAAAUUCUUAGCAAAGAAAUUUUACAAACUGAUUCAGAGUCAGGAUCAGAAUCAGGGUCUGAAGAAUCAGACUCUGAUGACUCAUCAGGUUCAGAGGAUGAAGAAAAAAAACAAGAUGCUGCCAUCAUUGAUAAUACAGAAACCAGUUUAAUUGCUUUAAGGAGAACCAUUUAUUUGACUAUACAAAGUAGUUUGGACUUUGAAGAAUGCGCUCAUAAACUGUUGAAAAUGGAGUUGAAACCUGGACAAGAGAUUGAAUUAUGUCAUAUGUUCCUUGAUUGUUGCGCAGAGCAAAGAACUUAUGAAAAAUUUUACGGACUUCUGGCUCAAAGAUUUUGCCAAAUUAACAAAACUUACGUCGAACCAUUCCAGCAAAUAUUCAAAGAUACCUACGCCACAACGCACAGGUUGGACGCGAAUCGGCUGAGGAACGUCAGCAAGUUUUUCGCACAUUUGCUUUUUACAGAUGCCAUCAGCUGGGAAGUAUUGGAUAUAAUGAAAAUGAAUGAAGAAGACACCAACAGUUCUAGUAGGAUUUUUAUUAAGAUACUAUUCCAGGAACUGGCAGAGUAUAUGGGUCUUGGAAAAUUAAAUCAGAGGCUCAAAGAUGAGACUCUUCAGCCUUUCUUUGCAGGCCUAUUCCCAAGAGACAGUCCGAAGAAUACCCGUUUUUCUAUAAACUUUUUCACUUCAAUAGGCUUGGGUGGUUUGACAGAUGAACUUAGGGAACAUUUGAAGAAUUUGCCUAAAAAUUUACCUGUGGAAAAUAAGGAGGAAAGUAGCUCCAGUUCUAGCUCAAGCUCAGAUGGAAGCAGCAGCAGCAGUAGUAGCAGCAGCUCAGAGAGCGACAGUUCAGAAGAAGAAGAUUCUAAACCAAAAAGAAAACAAAAAGAACAACCUCAGAAGUUGAAUCAAAAGGACCGAGAUAGACGCAGAAAAGAAAGAUCAUCAGAGGUUUCUCAAAGAGGGCACAAAGAACGUGAUAACCGGCGAAGAGAUGGAAGAGAUCAGUCCUUAGAAAAAGGUGAGAAGCCCCGAAGAAAUCGAGAUCGCCAAGACGAUAGAAACGAAUCAAGAAGUAAAAAGGAUUAUGAAUGGGUCAGAAGUCGACAUGAAGAUAAUAUUGAUCAACUGAGAGAUAAAAAACGGGCUUUUGAUUCGCGUGAGCAAGUCAGAGUAAAGGACGAGAAACGUCGUUCUAAAUCGAAGGAGAGGGUAAAAGAUAAUGGAAGAAGUAGGCGGGACAGAGACAGAAGAAGAAGCUAAAUAUAUUUUUAUAAAAGAAAAACAACCAAUAGUUUUUAGAAACUCACAUUUUAUUUAUGUAUAUAAUAAAUAUAGUGUAAUAAAAUAACAUUGUUUAAGGAAA